AUGGCACCGUACCCAGCGCAGCCCAUAAAAGGCAGAGAACGGUACCGCGUGCUGAUGGACAUCCGCAAGCUUGACGCCCACAACUGGCUCACUCUCGACAAGAAUUAUAUAGACGAGCACCGGGUACGGACCCAAUUGCUCCAGGAGAAAAGGGAGAAAGUCUUGCGUUGUCUGCCGGAGUCAAUUGAACCGUGCCAAGAAGCACUGGAGGAGGUUUCCGAUUUUCUCUGCGAGCGUUUCCCUAAUAUGUUCGAGAUGUCGAGACACAACGAUCAAAAGUUCAUUAAAAACCACAUGACUGGUGACAAAUUCCCAGUCAGCGGACGUGAUCCCAAUGAGGGAUUGACCGAGGCACUCGAAGCCGCCGUCCGUCUGGCAAUGGAGGAUCUCAGUAUUCUGAUGAUGAAUGAGGAGGGGGAAUAUUACUUGGCAGCUAGCGCCAGCCUCUUCCCAACGGGGUGGACAGUGAAUCAGAGAAUUGGCUGGACUAUCUCGCAACUGCAUGGCCCGGUGCCACUAUGGCACCAACAAGUUGCCAGCUCCGUUAGCAAAUUUCUUGCCCGUCUUACUCCAACCACCCCGAUGGAACGCUCCAACUACUUCGUUGAAAUCAAGGCACCAAACGAGAACCUGACAGAUAUUCUCUAUCGGCCCAAUUCUCUUUGUGAAAAGGAACUGAGCAAUCCACGCCCAUCUGAGAUCCUCAUACGUCGCGAGAGGCAGACCUUUCGCCGCCUGCCGCGCACGGGGGCCAUUGUCUUCGGCGUCAAGACGUACCUUACGCCUUUGGAUGAGCUUCCCAUGGAUGAGCUGGAGAAUCUUGCCAAGGAGAUGAGGAGUUGGCCUGAUUAUGUGGGUGAAUAUAAGGGGAGAGAUGUUUGGGGGGCAAAAGUUUUGGAAUAUCAUCGGCAACGAGUUGGCGAAGAGAAGAUUGAGGAAUGA